UCCACAAAAAUCAACCACAAGAAGUAUUAGCUGCUCAGAUUAAUCCACAUGCAGGCAUAUAUUUGUAUGUGUAUAUAUAUCUGGGUUGUCUUUAUUUUUUGUUUUUCAAAACAGCCAUGUCUGUGACUGAGAUGGCCUCAAUCCCCAAGUUUUCUUACCAAAGGCUUGGACAUGAAGGUGGGUUUGAUGAUUACGAUGAAGAAAGAGACGACAGAGAUGGGGUUGUGAGAUCGAGGAACAACUGGUACAGCAGGUCCAAAAGGGCGCCUUCUAGGAGGAGAUUCAGGCUUAAGGUCCCAAGCUUGAGGAGAUUCUUGAGGAGGAAAGUUAGGCUGCUCUCUGCAGUCAAAGUUUCAUGGGGUAGGGUGUUGAAGAGAUUGAAGGAGGGUCAGGCUCACUUCGGUGAUCUUUUCGCUGGAAACUAUCUGCUCAUUCAGGUCAACCCUAUCCCAUUGAAGUCCCUCAAGAAGGAUUAUGACCUCAAGGCUCUGUCCUCAAGGCACUCUCUUCCAAGACUUGCUGCUUAAUGGGUGCUCUCUCUAUAUAUAUGUGUGUGCUCCUGUAAUGCAAUUGUAAGAGUACUUUGGGUGUAAUUCUUCUAAGAAUACUUUCUCUGGCUUUUUUGGUUAA